AUGGGUGCACAGGAAGACGCCAUUGCCCUCAAGGAGAAGGGCAACAAGGCCUUCAAGGAGCAUGACUGGCCCACUGCCAUCGACUUCUACACCAAGGCCAUUGAGGUGUACGACAAGGAGCCCUCGUUCUACACCAACCGCGCCCAGGCCAACAUUAAGCUUGAGGCAUACGGUUUCGCUGUUGCCGACGCGACCAAGGCGAUCGAGAUCGACCCGAAUAAUGUCAAGGCCUACUACCGUCGCGCCGUUGCCAACACGGCCAUCUUGAAGCAUAACGAUGCGCUCCGCGACUGGAAGAUCGUCGUGAAGAAGAACCCCGGCGACAAGAAUGCGAAGCUGCAGCAUGCAGAAUGCGAGAAGAUUGUCAAGCGCGAUGCUUUCCUCAAGGCUAUUGAGGUCGCCGAUGCGCCCUCGGCUAUCGAGGGCCUGGACCUGGACAACAUGGUGGUGGAAGAUGGCUACGACGGCGCAAGGAUGGAGGAUUCGAAGAUGACCAAGGAAUUCAUCGAGGACAUGAUCCAGCGGUUCAAGGAUGGCAAGAAGAUCCACAGGAAAUACGUCUACCAGAUCAUCAUCGCCGUGAAGGAGCUAGUGUACAACGAGCCCACCAUGGUCGAGUAUGACGUUCCUGAGGGCACCAAGAUCACCGUCUGCGGUGACACUCACGGCCAAUUCUUCGAUCUUCUGGAGAUCUUCCGCCUCAACGGCUUCCCGUCGGAAACGCACGCAUAUCUCUUCAACGGCGACUUCGUUGACCGUGGAUCGUGGUCGACUGAAGUUGCGCUUACGCUGUACGCCUACAAGAUGCUGUACCCCAAGCUCUUCUUCCUCAACCGUGGCAACCACGAGACGGAUGACAUGAACCGCAUGUAUGGUUUCGAGGGCGAGUGCCGCGCCAAGUACACGGAGCGCGUCUUCAAGAUCUUCUCCGAGUCUUUCUCCGCAUUACCGCUGGCGACGCUCAUUGGCAAGAAGUUCUUUGUCCUGCACGGCGGACUGUUCUCGAAUGAUGAUAUCAGCUUGGACGAUGUGAGGAAGUUGAACAGGCACAAGCAGAGACAACCUGGCCAGAGCGGCUUGAUGAUGGAGAUGCUGUGGACAGACCCUCAGACUGCACCGGGCCGUGGCCCCAGCAAGAGAGGUGUCGGCCUGCAGUUUGGACCUGACGUCACGAAGAGGUUCUGCGAGAAGAAUGGUUUGGAGGCUGUCAUCAGAAGUCACGAAGUCCGUAUGGAGGGUUACGAAGUCGAGCACGACGGAAAGUGCAUCACUGUCUUCUCGGCACCCAGGUACUGCGACAGCACGGAAAACAAGGGUGCUUACAUCAACGUUGGCCCCGAGUACAAGCUCGAGUUCCACAAGUUCGAGGCGGUGCCGCACCCGCCGAUCAAGCCAAUGGCGUACGCGCACAACGGCCUCAUGUCGAUGAUGUAG